CACGGCAUGAUGAAGUAUGCAAAUUUAGUUAGCUUCGCAAUGGCCAGCAAUCAUUUGGAGGCGGUUUUAAGGGAAUGGAAAAACAAUCUGUACAAAGACCUUGAAUUCGUUUUCGUGGCCAACAGAGACUCUUUGAAAAUAGAUUUUGCACUGCUUUUAACCACACAAAAAGGAAAGGCUGGUGACGUUUUCUGGCGAUUCUUUGUUGAUGCCAUCAAAGAAAAUAACAAAGUUGAAAAUGUUACCUUAAACUUUGCCCCAAAGACUUUUCAAUCCGGAUUCUUGGACCAUUUCCUAAUGAUUAAAUCUGCUCUGCAAAAUAAAAGAAACCUGCAAAUUCUAAAAAUAGCGUUAAAAGGGCCAGCCGAUCCGCCUCCGCUUGGCCAUACCAUUUCCUCUUUAUGGUGAGCAAGGUGCCAAUAGCUAUAAGAAUGCAGCCCAGACAAAGUAAUCCCACACCAGUGUAUC